AGGCACCUGAUAAAGGCUGCCCGGCUGCUGCUGCUGCUGCUGCGUGCAUUGGCUCGGGCGCUGGCGAGAGGUGGCCUGGCUGCGCUGGCUCGGGGCCGCUGCCAUGGGGCCGCUGCUGGCGCUGGGGCUGCUGGUGUGCGUGCAGCUGAGUGCGGGCUCCGGGGAGCUGCGUCUGGUGGGCGGCGGCGGGCGCUGUGCCGGGAGAGUGGAGGUGAAGCACGACGGUGAGUGGGGCUCCGUGUGCGUCUUCGACUUCGACUGGGAAGCCCUUUGGGCCAGCGUGGUGUGCCGGCAGCUGGGCUGUGGCCGGGUGGCCAGGGCGUCCCCGCACGCCCCGUUCGGGCAGGGCACGGGGCGGAUCUGGCUGCAGCCCUUCUUCUGCCGCGGCACCGAGAAUGCACUGGAGGACUGUUCGCCCUUCGGAUGGGGACAGCACUUCUGCGGCCACGAGCAAGAUGUAGGGGUGACGUGCACAGAUGCCGUGGAGCUGAGGCUGGCGGGCGGCGGCAGUCCGUGUGCCGGGAGAGUGGAGGUGAAGCUACAGGGACACUGGGGCUCGGUGGCCGACAACGAAUGGGACAUGGAGGAUGCUGAGGUGGUUUGUCAGCAGCUGGGCUGUGGCUCGGCUGCCGGUGCCUACUCCGCCCAUAAGCACUUUGGCGAAGGGGACGGGCCCGUCAGUCUGGCCCUAGUGGACUGCAAAGGGUCCGAGGCCACUCUCUGGGACUGCGAGAUCCGUGGCUGGGGACCCAAUGGCAGCAUCCAUGACUGGGACGCUGCUGUUGUGUGUCAAGGAUUUUCUCGGCUGGUCGGAGGUCCCGGAGCCUGUGCCGGGCAGCUGGAGGUGCGGCAGGGCCAAGCCUGGGUUGGUGUGUGUGAGGAUCAGGUGGACAUGAAGGCGGCCCAGGUGGUGUGCAGGGAGCUGGGCUGCGGGGAGCCGCUCGCCAUGGCCGGCAGUGGCCGGUUUGGGGCGGCAUCGGCAUCGCUCUGGGACGGCGGCUUCCAGUGCAAUGGCACCGAGCCCCUCCUCAGUGCCUGUGCCCGGCGUCCGGCCCCGAGCCAGGGCUGCAGCGGCCGUGCCAGCAUCAUCUGCUCCCCCUACACGGGCUUCCGGCUGGGGAACGGCAGCUCGGGAUGCUCCGGCCGAGUGGAGGUGGCCGUGAGGGGGACGUGGGGGUCCGUGUGCGCCAGCGAGUGGGACCUGCCCGACGCGCACGUCCUGUGCCGCCACCUGGGCUGCGGCCGCGCCCUCUCGGUGCCCCCGGGAGGCUCCUUCGGCAGCGGGGAGGGGCCGCUGCGGCCGGACACCUUCGGCUGCAGCGGGAGCGAGCGGCACCCGGGCCAGUGCCCCGUGACCGUGCUGGGGAAGGCUCCGUGUGCCCCCGGGAACGCCGCUGCUGUCAACUGCUCAGGCAUUGUCGAAUCCCUGCGGCUGGCGGAGGGUGCGACCCAGUGCAAUGGGUGGCUGGAGGUAUCCACAAGCACCGGGGAGUGGCGCCGUGCGCCGGGAGAGCUUUUGCUCAUACGGAAUUUCAGCAGUGUGUGCCGAGAGCUGGGCUGUGGAGAACUGGAGAAGAGUGAUGGCGUCCCUGGUUCGCGUACCCUAAAAAACAUCGACAAGACAGAGAGGGCCGUCAUGGAAGGUGUGCUCAGAACCGUCAUGGAGUUGACCACAGCUCUCUCCAAGGGGCCCACAUGGUUGUCCCAGAACUUGUUUCAGGAGUCCGUUCCAGUUAAUUCUUUAAGGUGGAUGAACACUGCACCCGCUGGCUUCCCUCACGGGGUGUCCAUCGUCUGCUCAGGCAGCCGGCGGGUGAGGCUGGUGGGGAGCUCAGGGCGCUGUGCCGGGCGCGUGGAGGUCUAUUCCGGUGGCAGCUGGAGCAGCGUGUGCCAGGAAGGCUGGGACCUGCAGGACGCUGCCGUUGUGUGCCGGGAGCUGGGCUGUGGCAGGGCCCUGGAGGCCCCGAGCUCGGCGCGCUUCGGUGGCGGCACGGGGCCGCUGUGGCCGUACAUGGCCGAGUGCUCCGGGAGCGAGGAGUCUCUCUGGGAAUGCGGGCGCUCGGAAGAGCGCGAGUGCGGGCGCGGCGUCGGGGCAGGGGCCGUGUGCUCAGAUCUCCGUGCGGCUGGCAGGCGGCCGUGGGCGCUGCCGUGGCUCCCUGGAGGUGUCCUAUAACGGCACCUGGGGCCGCGUGUGCUCCAACGGCACCAGCACCGGCACCGCCGGCACCGUGUGCCGCCAGCUGGGCUGUGGGGAGCGGGGCUGGCUG